AUGCGACUUCCUGCCCCCAAGGACGAUCUGUGCGACGCUGACCCAGCCUCCCAAGCGCUCUGUGACUCACUCUCCGAGUCUGAGAAAUGGGCAGAUACCUACGGCUCUCUACGUUUGAGGAGGAGCGAAUGGGGCCCCACAGAAAGGCCCGACCGGCGCCCCUCCCACCCGGGCGCGCGCCGGCCAGUGGCCCCGGGACCGGACGACCGAGGGCCUUCCGGGGAGUGGGCCGGGCGGAAGGAGGGGCCGCGGCGGGGACCGCGCCGCCCGACCAUGGCGCCUGCGGCCGGGCGCGGGGCGCCGGGCCUGUGGCGCGCCUGCAACUGGCUCAUGGGCGCCUUCUUCGCGCUGGCGGCCUUCGUGCAGGUGAAUGAUCCAGAUGCAGAAGUGUGGAUGGUUGUGUAUACAAUUCCUGCCGGUCUGACCCUGCUUGUUGGACUUAACCCUCUUGUCACAGGUAACUUUAUUUGGAAGAGUAUCUCUGCAAUACACAUAUUCUUCUGUAUCGUGUGGGCUGUUGGCUUGGCAUACAACCUCUUGCUUCAUACAAAACAGAACAUCUUACAUGAGGAAGAAGGCAGGGAGCUCUUUGGUCUGGUGAUUAUCACAGCGUGGCUGACCCUGUGCCACAGUGCAUCAAAGAAUCCAGUUGGUGGAAGAAUUCAGUUGGCUAUUGCUAUCACAGUUGCUCUUUUCCCAUUUAUCUCAUGGGUCUAUGUAUAUAUAAACAAGGAGAUGCGGUCCUCCUGGCCAACUCACUGCAAGACAGUAAUUUAAAUGAAGAAUCCUGUUCUUAAAAUGAGAGUUUUCAAUUUUUGUAAACAUGAUCGUAACGUGCCAGUUCCCUAGGAAUUUAUUUCAGGUAAUUUGAGUUAAUAAUAGAGAUGAUUUUUUUAAAAAAAAAUCCCAAGUUAGGCUGCCUACAACACAGGACUGGAAGGGACUAGUGAGAGGAGUCUGGCAUUCUGGUGUGUCACAGUGUAGUAGAAAAGGCAAAACAAAAGUUAAGAAAUAUGAAUUCUAACUCAGCUACGUCACUAUCCAUAUGACUUGGGCAAAUGUAUAAACAUUUGGAUAAUUGGAUAUCCCGUGGAUAAUUCUUUAUCUAUAAAAUAGGGUUACUACCAGACCUCCUACUUAUUUAUAUAGUUGCAAGGUUUAUCAGCGAGAUAAUGUGACAGCAUUCAAAAUAUAAAGAGCUGACAAAGGGCUGCAACUGAUAACAGAGGGAAGCAGGGUUUGGAUAAUGAUAGAAAGAGUUCAAGAGAGGGCUGUACCCCUGAACUAACCUCAGUAUACUGAACUGGUACAGUGCCGUGAAUUAAAUGAGGACUCCAGAUGAACCAAGUGAACAAGCAUGUCUUGGAAAGAAAGUUAGCUAGAAUAAAGGAAUGUGGGACCAAAAAGAAGGAGAGAGAGAAUAUUAAUUACAUUUUAAAUGAAAAAUAAGACCAAAAUCUAUACACAUAUUUUUAAUGUCAAAAGUAGCCCUGGUUUGGGGGCUUCCCUGGUGGCGCAGUGGUUGAGAAUCUGCCUGCUAAUGCAGGGGACACGGGUUCGAGCCCUGGUCUGGGAAGAUCCCACAUGCCGCGGAGCAACUAGGCCCGUGAGCCACAGCUGCUGAGCCUGCGCGUCUGGAGCCUGUGCUCCGCAACAAGAGAGGCCGCGAUAGUGAGAGGCCCGCGCACCGCGAUGAAGAGUGGUCCCCGCUCGCCGCAACUAGAGAAAGUCCUCGCACAGAAACGAAGACCCAACACAGCCAAAAAUAAAUAAAUAAAUAAAUAAAAACAUGUCAAUUCAUUAAAAAAAAAGUAGCCCUGGAGAGAAGACCAUUUCAGAGCUGUACAGUCUGGUGGCCACUAGCUGCAUGUUGUAUUGAGCGCUUGAAAUGUACACUGAAGAAAUUUGAAUUUUUUCAUUUUUAUUUAAAAACAUCAAUUCAGUUAUGAGAAAACUUAUAAGUGUGUUUGGAACACUUGUUUUAAGUAUGUUUGGAACAAC